AUGAAUGGAAAUAGUUGGAAAUAUGAUAGUUCAUGUGAGGUAGGAUGGGAUUCAUAUCAAGGAAGCUGUUAUAAAUAUUUUGCUGUCAGUGUAUCUUGGCAAACAGCCAGAAGUUCGUGUCAAGACAAAGGAGCAGACUUGGCUGUGGUGACAAGUUAUGCAGAGAAUAACUUUAUCGUAAAGAAAACCAGUUACAAUUCUGUGUGGAUCGGCCUGACAGAUAUAUAUAGAGAGGGUACCUUUAGAUGGAUUGAUGACACAGGGUCUUCUUAUAGAAACUUUGCUUAUGGUCAACCGAGCAAUUACUAUAAUAAAGAUUGUGUUGCGAUUAAUUACUCGAGUGGCAAAUGGGCCAGUCUUCGAUGCAGUUCUAGACUGAAAUACGUGUGUGAAAAAGAUAAUGAAGACCCACAAUUUUACGGAUGUCCGGAAGACGUAACUGUUGAUACCUACCAAAGAACGUCUUACGCAGUGGUCACCUGGGUGGAGCCAACUGCAUCCGAUAAUAAAGGUAUAAAAACAGAAGUACAAUCGCAUUCGCCUGGACAAAGAUUUGAACUCGUCGACGGAAUAACAACAGUGUACACUGUGCGAUAUUGGGUACAAGAUUAUGUAGGAAAUGAAGCUGAAUGUCUUUUCAAUAUAACUGUCAUUGAUAACGAACGGCCGCAGCUCGAGUGCCCAAAGAUAACUUCUAACUACUAUUCAACAAACUACGGCAGUAUUAUCUACGCUUCCACCGACGACGGAAGUCCUAAUGGUACAAUUACAUGGACUCCACUGGUCGCUAUAGAUAAUAGCGGGAUUCCACCUCUUAUCACAAGUUCCCCUAACAAGCCCGGUGACGUGUACCCAAUGAGGUUGUUUCCACCAUACUCAACUAUUAUAACAGCAACCGACGCAUCGGGUAACUUUGAAGAAUGUGAACUACAUUUUGCUGUUGUUGACCUUGAAAGUCCUGUAGUAAAUUGCCCGUCACACUCUAACAACUUUGUUGCAAAAGCAUCGGAUUCUUCUUGGUCAGUGUUCACAGACAGAGCAUCCAAAUCUGCCCGCUUAUAUUGGUCACCAGCCAACGCCACCGACAACAGUGGCACUGUGGUGUCUGUUACAUCAAAUCACAACCCUGGUGACGUAUUUCCGGCCAGUAAUGUUGCACAUCAGAUUACGUAUACAGCAAACGACAGGGAUAACAAUAUUGGGAACUGCUCAUUCUUUAUAAAAGUUGAAGAUUGGGAAAGUCCUUCAAUCGAAUGUCCGUCUCCUAUACAAGUAUACACAGAUGAUGGAUCAAGAUUCGCCUUUGUAACAUGGAACAUCACACUCAAUGAUAAUAUUGCAAUCGUUCAUUGUAUGUCAAACGACUCUCGUGUUGCGCCGGCUAAUAUUACACUAAAUCACAAAAAUAUCACCCUAGAACAGAAUGGCUCACUUUCUAUUGGUACAAAUCUAGUGGAAUAUGUGGUAACAGACAUGUCUGGAAACAUAGGAACAUGUUUGCUUACAGUCACUGUCAUAGACAACGAAAGGCCAUCGAUAAUUUGCCCCAGAAAUUUUUCAAAUUACUACGACCACAUAUUUGAUUUCCAUCGCCUUGUUUCCGAUCACGGUCGGCCCUACGCGACAGUCACAUGGUCUCCUCCGGAGGUAUACGACAACAGUCAAGAGUCUGUCACGUGGGAAAGCUUUCCGUAUACAUCAGGUGAUAUGUUUCCUCUUCGAGAGUUCCCGCCAUACAAUGUGAAAUUUACUGCAUCAGAUCAGUUUGGCAAUAACAGAUCCUGCUACGUAUAUUUUACAGUAAUAGACAUUGAACCACCGAUUAUUACAUGUCCAACAAACAUUACAAACUACCAAGACACGUACUACGGCAUUAUCAGAACCGCAAUUGAUCCGGGUUCCUCUACGAGCACAGUCACUUGGGAUUACCCUACUGUAUCUGACAACAGCGAGGGUCAAGUGAAUGUAACGUCAUCUUACCAAUCCGGCGAAAGUUUUCCGGCAAAGUUCUAUCCUCCCUAUGAAGUGGAGUACAUUGCCGAAGAUGAGUGGGGAAACAGGAAUUCCUGCAAAUUUUACUUCCUCGUCACAGACAAUAAUCCGCCCAAGUUUCGGUGCCCGAGAUCUGUCAGAGCUAAAAGUCAGACGGGCAUGAACAGCAGUUUAGUAAGUUGGCAGAUUGUUGUAAGUGAUAUUGAACUGAUUUCGCUGGUUGAAGCAAACCACGAUGCAGUAAUGCCAUCUCGUUUGGAACCAUUUAAAAGAGAGGUUAAUUUAGCAGCAUCUGCUCUUCUUCCCAUUGGCAUCACGAUUAUCGAGUAUAGAUUUGAGGAUUCAUCAAAUAAUGUUGCAUUCUGUAGGUUUCAUGUUGAGAUUUCAGAAUAUGAUAGUGAGGUAACUUCCUAUAGCGGAACAGUGAAUGGAAAUACUAUUACAUCUACUGUUACGGCUGCUUCAUCAACUUUGUUUACAGUAAUCAACAGGGAUGAUUAUGACGAAAAUGAAAACAUGAAAACUUCUGCACUGGCAUCGACAUCUUUAUUAUCAUCCCAAAUGUCAACGUCAUUACCAUCGCCGACAUUAUUAUCAUCGUCAAAAUCAUCCUCUUCCUUAUUACUUUCACAAUUACCUUCCUCAUUAUCAUCAUCAUCAACAACAACAUCAACAUCGUCAUCAUUAUCAUUAUCGUCGUCACCAUCAUCUUCAUCACCAUUAUUUUCACUUUCACCUUUUUUUCCCUCUCACCAUCACCAACAACAUCCUCAUACUCAUCCGUAUCCCUCUCGUCGUCGUCUUUAUCAUCAUCAUCAUCAUCACCACCAGCAAUAA